ACAGAACGGAAGAAACUUUGGUUCAGUUGCUGGUCAAACAACUGAGUUGUCAAUCCUGCUCCUCCCAGAUGUCCCCUCCGCUAAUUCAGUGUUGUUAUGGUCAUCACGAAUGUAGUAGAUGUAUUGAAAGAUCUGAAGAAUGCUACACUUGCAAUACAAUCAGAAUAGCUAAGAGAGAUCAUUUUUUGGAAAAACUGUGUUUCAACACAAUAUUGAAAUGUUCCUUCGCCACUGAAGGUUGUAAUUUCUCAGACAAGGCAUUGCAGGUUGCAGCACAUGAAUUUGUUUGCACAUUCAAAGUCAAACAAUCCAUUGCAAAUGGUGCAUAUAACACAGUAGGAGGUGUUGUAGAUCAGCCUUCUGAGUUAGAAGACGGGGAUCAUUCGAGAACUGUUGAAGAGGGUCCUAGCAAACCGAAGGCUGGAGGUGGGAAAAAUUCGUCUGGAGAAUUGCUGGAAGACAUUGUAGCAUCUACAUUAGAAUGUCCGGUUUGCUUGACCAGAAUUUUGCCUCCGAUAACAGAGUGUCACAACGGUCAUAGGAUUUGUAUCGAUUGUUACCACAGAAUUGAAAAUUGUCCUGUAUGUCGAGGCCCAAAAUGUCUUGGUACCAACGAAUUCUUGAUGCAAAUAUUCGACAAGCUGGAAAUAAGUUGCAAAAACUCUGGAAACGGCUGCCAUAUCCGUCAAAAAGGACCAUCCAUUGUAGAUCAUGAAAUGUCAUGUGCCUUCGUUUUCGAACCGUGUCCAUUGGCAAACGGUCACGGAUGCAAAUGGAUAGGUUUGCAGACUGACCUCAUAGAUCAUUGCAAAAUAAAUCAUUCUGACGUGAUCAGUUUGAAAAGUGAAAGUGAGUGGAAAACUUACAAAUUCAAUCCGCAUCUAAAGUAUUUCCAUCUCAUUUAUGUACAUGGUGUCCUAUUCAAAUGUUGUUGGCAGAUGUUUAAAGGAUUGAAGAUAUUUUAUGUGAAACACUUAAAUAUUGGGAGCGUGAAACGAUACAAUUUUGAUAUGAAAAUCUUGAUGACUGAACGUGGUUGUGUAGCUCACCUUUCCGGAGGUUUUUCACAUCCUGUGAAAAGUCUCAGUAUUCCGAUUACGACUAGGAGCUAUAUACGUAUAAAUCAAUCAAUUAUUCCGAAUCUUUGUGACAGUGAUGGUAUUCUUUCCUAUACUGUAACAAUCAAUGAAUGCUGAAAGGAUUCGAAUGUUCCGAAAUCUCGAUAAUCAAUUAUUUUCAUAGAAACUGUUGGCAUGUAUUUUGAAAUUUUAAUAAAUAUUGAA